AUGUGCGGUGCCGCCCCCACCACCCCCGGCUCCUCGUUCUACGAGGUCGCCUACGACCCUGCCCGCGUCCUCAAGUCGGCCGACUUCAAGAUCCUCAAGGAGGGUGACGCCGAGCUCGCCGACAAGACUGCCAACAUUGCCUGCGCCUACAACCCGGCCCACGAGGUCCACAUGAUCAACAAGCCCAAGGUGUCGGCCCGCAAGGGCGAGGCCAUUGUCCACGUCAAGGCGACUGGUAUCUGCGGCUCGGACGUCCACUUCUGGAAGCACGGCCACAUUGGCCCCACCAUGAUCGUCACCGACGAGUGCGGUGCCGGCCACGAGUCGGCCGGCGAGGUCAUCGAGGUCGGCGAGGGCGUCACCGACGUCAAGGUCGGCGACCGCGUCGCCAUCGAGGCUGGUGUCCCUUGCUCCCAGCCCGACUGCGACCCUUGCCGUCUCGGUCGCUACAAUGCUUGCCCCCGCGUCGUCUUCUUCUCCACCCCGCCUUACCACGGCACCCUCACCCGCUACCACGCCCACCCCUCGGCGUGGCUCCACAAGCUUCCCGACAACGUCUCGUUCGAGGAGGGCUCCCUCUGCGAGCCCCUCGCUGUCGCCCUUGCCGGUAUUGAGCGUGCCGGCAUUGUCCUCGGUGACCCCAUUGCUAUCUGCGGUGCCGGCCCCAUUGGUCUCAUCACCCUCCUCGCCGCCCACGCUGCCGGCUGCUACCCCAUUGUCAUCACCGACCUGUUCGAGUCGCGUCUCGAGUUUGCCAAGAAGCUCGUGCCCACUGUCAAGACCCUGGUCAUUGGCCGCAACGACAAGUCGGAGGAGACUGCCGAGAAGAUCAAGGCCCUCGCCGCCGCGCCCAUCCGCGUCGCCAUGGAGUGCACUGGCUUUGAGUCGUCUAUCCGCACCGCCAUCUUCUCGGUCAUCUUUGGCGGCAAGGUCUUUGUCAUUGGUGUCGGCCCCAGCGAGCAGAGCUACCCCUUCGGCUACUGCAACGCCAACGAGAUCGACCUCCAGUUCCAGUACCGUUACGCCAACCAGUACCCCAAGGCCAUCCGCCUCGUCGCCGGCGGCCUCAUCGACCUCAAGCCCCUCGUCACCCACCGCUUCCCCCUCGAGCGUGCCGUCGAGGCCUUCCAGGUCGCUGCCGACCCCACCCAGGGUGCCAUCAAGGUCCAGAUCCAGGACUAG